AUGUGUGUCAGCACCGCGCGGAAGGAGCUCGCUGGGCACUGUCGCAAAGCGUCAAAAGUCAAAAAGAACGACAGCAGCCACACACCACUGCAGACGGCAAGCGAUUCGAUCUCAGACUGGUUGUCUCGUCUCGGGAGGUUGACACGCCCGCGUCUCGUCUGUGUACGAUGUACGGGCGAACUUUGGACGAAGGAGGCGGCCGAGCAGGCUGCAGCGCACAUAAUACACAAAGCAGCCACAAGGAUUACGACAGAGGGCAACGGAAGAGUCACUGUUGGCAACCAGCGCUCCAUCUCAGCUCCGUGCAGAAGACAGGCUGCGACGAAGGCGAGCUGGGCAGACGGUCAAAAAACUGACGGCAAGAGACGACGCCAACAAAACUGCGCAGCAGAGCAGGACCAGGCCAAUCGUGGGUGGCGUUCCUUGCAGUUGGCUACACGAGUAUGCACGACGACAAUUGCGCGGACAGAUGCAGAGUGGCAGGUCCAAUGUUUGGUUGAGGGUUGGCCUUGCAGGAUUUGGCGACUUGGCCCCAGCUCCAAAGUCAUGACUACGAUGUAUAGCUUAUGA